AUGAAUUAUCUGCUCCCGCGGCACCCCUCCCCCAGCGCCAUCCGCACCCUCCUCUCCCUCCCGCCUGCUCUACGCGCGGCAACAUACACCUCCACAUCUCCUUCCUCCACGAAACGAUGGCAAUCCGACUCCGCCCCCACCCGCCGCCCCCGCACCGCCAUCUUCUUCCCAGGACAAGGCGUGCAGCGGGUCGGCAUGCUAGAUGACUGGGCGGCCGCCUUUCCCAACACCGUGAAGCCACUGAUGGACGAGAUCGACGAGCGCCUCAAAUUCUCCCUCACCAAGAUCAUUGCCGAGGGCCCAAACAGCAAAUUGACGGCGACGGAAAAUGCGCAGCCGGCCAUCAUGGCUACGUCCAUCGUCAUCCUGCGCGUGCUGGAACGCGAGUUUGGCUUCAACACUGCGGAGCGGGUGGAUGUUACACUGGGACAUUCGCUGGGGGAGUUCGCGGCACUGGUGGCGGGGGGAUACUUGCGGGAAGCAGACGCAUUAAGACUGGUGCGCAAGCGGGCAGAGGUGAUGGCGCGCUGUUCGAGAGAGGUGAACGAAGAGGUGGGCAUGAUUGCGCUGGUGUGCGAAGCGGAUCACAUGCAACCAAUGAUCGACGCCAUCCACGGCUUCCUCGGCCUCGCCUCCGAGGGCUCCAAAGCAGACAGCCACGCCGACCAGGACAUGCCAGCCGCACACCAAGUGUCCAUCGCCAACAUCAACGCCAAGAACCAAGUCGUGUUAGCCGGCAGUAUUCGCCGCAUCCGCGAGCUACUGACGCACAUUCGGCAAUUCGGUGGCCACGAUCCCCGCGCUGUGCGGCUGUCGAGCGACUCGCCGUUCCACAGCCCGCUAAUGGCGCCCGCGGCGGAGCUGAUGAAGAAGCUGCUCAGCCAGCCGUCUCCGUCAGAGAAAGGGCAGGACAUGAUCAUCUGGCCAGGUGCAAUGCCGUGCAUUUCCAACGUCUCCGCUCGCCCGUUCCAGAGCAAGCAGCAGCUGAAAGAUUUCCUGGCGUGGGGCUGCGUGGAGACGGUGCAGUGGCACGAUGCGAUUGUGUACUUGCAUCAAGAGGAGAAGGUGCGGAGAUGGGUGGGCAUUGGGCCGGGCAAGGUGGGACGGAAUCUCGUGGGCAAGGAGGUGGGGAUGAAGGGCGCUGUGAAGGGUGGUGGGGUUUGGGGCAUUUCGUCGCCGGCUGAGGCGGAGAGGGUGUUGGAGGAUCUGGAGAAGACGGAGAGUGCGGUGGAGGACUGA